CUCUCUCCCUCCCUCCCUCCCUCCCUGCCGUCAACUGCCUGCUCCUUGGCCGCAGCCACCGCCCCGGCCCCAUGGCGGACCCCAAGUACGCCGAUCUGCCCGGCAUCGCCCGGAAUGAACCCGAUGUGUAUGAGACCAGUGACCUUCCUGAGGACGACCAGGCUGAGUUUGACGCGUUUGCACAAGAGCUGGAGGAGCUGAGCAGCAGCAGUGUGGAGCACCUCAUUGUCAACCCCAACGCCGCCUAUGACAAGUUCAAAGACAAGAGAGUCGGGACCCAGGGGCUUGACUUCUCUGACCGCAUUGGGAAGGGGAAACGCACUGGCUAUGAAUCUGGAGAGUUUGAGAUGCUGGGCACGGGGCUGGGCCCAGGGCUCAAGGAGACGCCUCAGCAGAAGUACCAGCGCCUUCGGCACGAGCUCCAAGAGCUGACGGCAGAAGUGGACAUGAUCAAGAGCACAGCGAAGGAGGCGGCUGCUGAGGAGACGCUGACCCCCGUGGCCUUGGCCAAGCAGCUGACCGUGCUGCAGCAGCAGUUGGUGUCCUCCCACCUGGAGCGCCUGCUGGGGCCCGACGCCACUGUCAACCUGAGUGACCCCAACGGGGCCCUGGCCGAGCGCCUGCUCGUCCAGCUGGAAGCGGCCAAGGGCAGCCGGGAGGCGGGGAGGGGGGCUCAGAGCACGGCGGCCGGAACCCCCGCCCCCGCCAGCCUGGUCACCUAUGAGCUGCACUCUCGGCCCGAGCACGACCGCUUCUCCCAGACCGCCAAGAUUGCCGAGCUGGAGAAGCGUCUGACUGAGCUGGAGGCGGCACUGCGCUGCGAGCCAGACACACAGAACCCGCUAACCGCCGGGGUGCAGGGCUCCUGUCUUAUGGAGACUGUGGAGCUCCUGCAGACCAAGGUCAGCGCUCUGGACCUGGCUGCUCUGGACCAGGUGGAGGCAAGGCUCCAGAGUGUGCUGGGGAAGGUGAAUGAAAUCGCGAAGCACAAAGCAGCCUUGGAGGAUGCGGACACCCAAAGCAAAGUGCAUCAGUUGUACCAGGCAGUGCAGCGCUGGAGCCCCGUGGCCUCCGCCCUCCCCAAGGUGGUCCAGCGACUCCUCACUGUCAAGCAGCUGCACGAGCAAGCCAUGCAGGUGGGGCAACUCCUCACCCACCUGGACACGACACAGCAGCUGGUUGCCGGCUCUCUCAAGGACAACGUCACCCUGCUGGCCCAGGUGCAGACGACGAUGCGGGAGAACCUGCAGACGGUGGAGGGGAACUUUGCCAGCAUCGACGCCCGCAUCAAACAGCUGCAGAAGUGAGGCUGCCCUUCCCCUCCCCGGCCCCAACUUCACCCCGGCCCAGAGGGGGUGGAGAGCUGCGCCCCACCCCCUGGUAACGGCUGCCCUCGGGGCUGCCGUCCCCCUCCCGCCGUCUCCUACCCCCACGCCCACCCCCUGUGCAGCACGUUGCUCGUCUGUGUCGCGGAAGAACAGUGCAGAGCCCACAC